GAGACCUUUAGUAAACCAUGGGUUUUUUGUGCUUGUUGCUUGUUGUGCUUGUUUUUUUCUAGGAAUUGAUUUCUCAUAAAGAUUGAUAAACAUGCGCAAAAAAACAUCGUACGUGCCAUUUAUAUUUUUAGUUUCACUUACCAGCUCCUAGUUUGCUUCUAAAAGAGAUUGUCGAAACUUUUCUAUGGAACAUUCAUUGAUCUCUCGUUUAAAAAUUGUCGGGGCAGAUAACUUAUCAGGGAGAGACUCAUCAGAUAGUAAGAAGGUCGGGAAAUGAUCAGAUACAUCAGUUUCAAUCACUCCAGUUUGGUAUUCGUUGUUAUGAAAAUUAUUUGUGAUUAUGUUAUCAAUUAUGGUAGCAGAAGUCAAAGUCACUCUCGUAGGUUUGGUUAUUGUUGGAAUAAGGUUAUGUUGAAGGAGCGUAUCUACAAAGGUUUUUACUUCAUUAUUUGAUGUAUAUUCAAGAAUGUUUAAAUUUAGAUCUCCGGCAAUGUAAAUGUGCUUAUUUAAGUGAUCUAGUUUUGUGAGGUGUGAAUUUAAAGUGUCGUUUAAAUUCUUUGAAGAUUCCAGCAGGUUUUCUAUACAUAACAGUUACAAUUAUAUUUCUAGUGUUUUUGUUUAUAAGUUCAACGGUUAAUGAUUCACAGUCGUCAGUAUUUAUACUCAAGUUACUUCUUAAUUUAUAAUUAAUAGAGUUGUGUAUAAAGAGACAUGUACCACCACUAGUCCUAUUUCCUGAACGUGGUUGAUGAUGUUAAAAUUUGAAUUCGUUACCAUGUGUUCCUUGAGCUAGGUUUCUGUUACACAAAUGUUUUUGAAAUUAAAUUUAAGGUUGCAUAACAUUGUUUUCAGAUUUUCGAAGUUUUUGCUUAUACUUCUUGUGUUAAUGUUAAGAAUGCGUGUACCCUUAGGGCCAUUUGAUUUUCAAUUAAAUUGAAAAUCAAAAAUCAAAAUUUGUGAAUAAUUUUGAUUUUCAAUUCGAUUUGAAAAUCAAAAUUCAAAAUUUAGUUUAAAAUUUGAAAAUUCAAAAAUCAAAAAUCAGAAUUCAAAAUUCAAAAUUCAAAAUUCAAAAUUCAAAAUUCAAAAUUCAAAAUUCAAAAUUCAAAAUUCAAAAUUCAAAAUUCAAAAUUCAAAAUUUCAAAACUUAAAAUGACAGGUGGUACAAUUGACAGGUGGUUCAAUUCUUGCAUACCACUAUUUUGUAACAAUAUUUAUGAUGCAAUAAGAUUUAGGUUUCCCGCAUUUUUUAGCCGACCCCCUGAACUGCGGCAUAAUUAGGGGGUCGUAUAAACUGUUUUUCGUGUGGGUUCAAAAGGGCCUAGCCCUUGCAUUAACCCCCUUUUUGGUGUGUCCUGGUACAUGCCUAUAUAAUCCCUCCAGUGAGGGGGGAUAAGUCAGUUGCAGGAUUAAUUUGCACACGAUAGAAAGCGAUAUAAAAUAUGGAUUCUUCAUUUAUUUUUUACAAUGGCCGUGACGGGGAUCGCACAGAAAGAACACUGCGGAGAAGCCAAGUAUCAGUCCAAAGACUGGCAAUGAUUUACAAGCUUGACGUUACAUCGGUGUACAUAACAGAGGAGUUCGGUUCCUCAGAAUUUCCGAAUCCGGAUGGGACGUUUGAUUGCCUUCGGGAGUCGCCUUCUGGCACGUAUUACCAAGUGGAGGGAGAACCACAUCAAGGCAUGACUCAGGUUAGAAACCUACCGACAUCAACGGUCAAUGACAUCGGCGCGUUUCGAAGGCCAACAAUGUUGCAUACAUCUUCGUCCACGAUGUCGCGUAAACGUGUAGGUGCGGCUGCGGAGAACUAUGUUUUAAAAGUUGUUCUGGCGGAUAUAGAGAACAAAAAAAUCGUUAAUCAGAAACGAAUUUCGUUUAUAACAAUAACGGAAGCAGAAGCAAACGUCGACGCAAUCACGGAGAUGGCAAAAACACGAUUCGAAGAUCGAACGUUGGUGUUAGUGCAAGGAGGUGGUUUACGAUACGAGGACUCCGCAGCCACAAGAGGAAUAAGCUUCUGGAAAGCCGCGGCUCGGAAGGUUUAUGCAGUAAAAGCCAAUGAUCUCGAAACAUUUGAUUAUUUUACGCCACGAAGAACAAGCACACAGUCCAUUAAUUUUGAAGAAAUAAAGGAAAAACUUGCUGACCUCACCAGCCUCGUCCAAUCUGGCGUGAUUUUAACUUGUGUGGACCAAGAUACACGAGAGGCAGCACAACGAGCAUUAUCAUCUGUAAAGAUCUGUGAGAAGGCAAAACAAAGCUUCGAGUGCUUGAUAUGUCGUGGGUUGAGCCGGAGUCCGGUGAAAAUGGGUUCCUGCUGCAGAAGAAUAAUUGGUUGUGGCGAAUGUGUAGAUCGCUGGUUUUUAGAAAAUCAAAAUUGCCCACAUUGCAGGUCCAACGAACUCGACGCAAUUUUUGAAACUAAUAAUUUUGAUGGAGUGCUUGCAGAAAUACGUUCUGUCUUUCCGAAUUAAAUUUUAUAAAACACCAUCGUUCUUUUGAAAAUCUUUCUGAAUACUUUUUCAAAACUAACAUUGAUAGCGUUACUGACUUUGCGCACCCUUCUUCAUAGAGCCUCAAAAAUUACCUUUUUCUACAUUAUUGAUUUGACGAUGAUCGAUCACUCAAGCUAUCUUUACAUAGUUUUAAGGCGGUUCGAUGUCAAAAAAUUAUUUCUUAUUUAUUUUAGCUUUUAUUUUAUUUUAUGUACUAUAUACUUAAAACGGAGAGAGGAAGGCAAAAAUCUUCUUACCACUGUUUUUUAUGACCCGGUUUUUAUCUGUCACAGUGUAAAUAUUUUUAAUUUUGUAAAAACUUGUAUUUUUUAUGUUUCAAAAUAUAUUUUAUUCUUCACAA